CUUUUUCACCGGUCCCAAAGUAUUUUCCUCUGAUUUUAAAGUAUUUUUCGUAUAAAAAUGUUUCGGCGAACCGAGCCACCGUUCCGAUUGUUGGCUAGAAAGCGAAGAAAUUCCGAUUCGACGCCCCCAAUCACGAAGUUCUUUGCAACAGUAAAACGGGAACGUUCAAGCUCUGAAUCGAAAAACGUAUGCCAGAAGUUGGACGAAAGUUUCGAAGCUCCCAACAACUUAUCUCAAACCUCUCAUACCGAUUCACCAGACAAUGGGCUUUUGUACUCCUUGGAGGAUUUGCGAGCACUUUUAGGUGUUCCUGUCAAAUUUUCCUCGAAAUGUGUGCCAUCUCCAGAUGCACCAGUGGGCUUGGAAAACCUGCCGAAUAGAGCCUAUUCGCAUAUUUUCACAAUUCUUGACAUGCAAUCCAUUAAUGCGCUUUCACUGACAUCCACAAAGUUGUGCUCACGAGUCAAAACCUACGUUUCAACCCACGAUUUUUUCCGUCGAAUGCAAUUGGAUAAUCUUGACUUUCUCAAUAGCUCACUCCGCCCCGACGAUGAAGAAUUCUUAGAGAAUGAUCCUUUCACUGCAUGUGGUGGCCUCAUCAAAUCCAUCACGAUCACAAUGAACACAAAGAUCCGCGCUCAAGUCUUCCUGAACAUCUGCCGGAAUUUGCGUGAUCAACUCGGAGGCUCCCUUCAUGGUUUUGGAAGACUCCUGGAAACGAUAACGCACAAUUGGAAGUUCUCUGAACGUCGUAUAAUGGUAAAAGCUGCAAUCAUGAUCGACGCUGAUCUCCGUCCUUCGAUUAUCAAGGUUCUUACUGCUAAACCGGGCCAGUUGAUAGGUCUCGAGAUGAAAGUUCGUUCCGGGUUGACCCAACUCUUCCUCAACUUGAGUCAAGACAUCGAUGAAGCUUCUCCACAGGAGAUUAUCGAGUUUGGCUCCUGGUUGUCUGUUCUGAUCCGAAACGUAAUUGAAAAAUAUCAGGGAAAGUUCUAUUACAUCCUAUUCGGACCAACAAGAUCUUCAAGAAUUGGCGAACGCGUCGACUGGGCGUAUUUCUGUGAGGACGAUUCAGAUACCUUCACUUUGCGGAAGAGUGAGCCAAACUAUAGGAAAUUGCUGUCAACGUUGCUCAAUGGAAUCCGCGCUCUUCGCAUCAUGAAUAAUUCCAAGAGUUCGGACCAAAUGUGGAGCGGGAAGAAACUUUAUCAGCUUUUCCUCCGGAUCAUUGAAGUUUGCGAAGUACAAGGCUUUUGGUCUGAGACCUCAUCUUCUAUGGCGCUGGCCAUUGAUUCUUCAGGAUUGCUCAGCGAAUAUCUUGUCACCUGUCUCGAUCCUCGCCGCGACGACUAUGAAACUCUCCAGAAUGAAGCCGCGGAGAUGGUGUGUCUCGUACGCAACCAUCUUUAUCGUUGGUCGGCUGCACCUGCCACGUUUCUCGCCGAACCACUGCACCACGCAUUCAAUCAUCUUGCGCAACUCGAUGGUCAUUACGACGGUUGCUACAAAGCUUUUCUCGAAAAGAUUUGGAACGUUCAAAGUUCACGGUUGAAGGAAAUGGUAAAGAACGCGACAAACACAACCGAGUGUUCUGAAAAGAUCCGCGAAGAGCUCGACGGUCAGCUCUCAAUGGCUCGCCUGUUGACGGAUAUAUCAAACACAGUGGUUCUUCACCAAAUAGGCUUCCAGCUUCCAAAUGACCUAGCUGCUGAACUCGUCAAUGAUCCACUAGAAGAAGAGGAGCAGCUGGAAUAAAUCAUGUUUUAUCUGUCUAGAAAAUUUUGAAAAUAGCUUCCAACUGUAGAAUUAGUUUUGUUUUUGUUUUCUUUUACUUUUACUUUCACUUUAAUUUUAAUUUUAAUUGUUCAAAUUUAAAGCUCCUUUCACUCCUUGUUCCAUCUUUCUCAUUCUGAUAAAAUCAGCGAAAACU